GUUAGCAAUAAAAAGUAUAUUUUAGGUUAGCGUGUCCUUUCGAUUAUUACCCAGAAACCAAUUUUUGAAGCUCUCGUAUUCAAUUUUUUCAAAUUUGAUUUUCAAUUUCAUUCUUGUUUUCCCUCAUAAACCAAACAAAGUCUAAACCUAUUUUGAUUUGAAUCGAUUUCCACCGUCGAAACCCAAAUCCCCAAAAUCGAUUUCGAAUUUGACCGUCAAAAUUGCUCUUGAGUUUCAACUCUAAAAUCGAAAUCGAACUCCUGGAUCUCCAUUGUCGAGUUUGAAAUCAAUCAAAGUUGUUCCCGUUAUGACUCAGUCCAACCACAAGGUCAAUUAUGGUAAUGAUAUUGAUCGAAUUAGUGACUUACCUGGUAAUGUGAUUGAUUGCAUCCUACAACAUAUGAUCGUUAAAGAUCUAGUUAAGACCAGCAUUUUGUCUAGAAAAUGGAGGUAUAUGUGGACUUCAGUCCCGCGAUUUAAGUUUGGUGAAGAAUUUUACGAAUUGUUUGAUAACCUUGAUAAUCCUGCCCAUGAGUUUUCUCGAAUUAUCACAGAAAUUCUUUUCCUCCAUAAUGGACCAAUAAAUGAAUUUAUUCUUUACCUCCCUCGCAAUCCCAAGCACAAAAUCACAUUUGAAUAUCAUAAUAAGUGGUUUUUGUUUUUGUCAAGGAAAGGUGUUAAACACAUUUUUCUGGAUAACGAUGAGGGAGUUCACGUUCGAACUCCAUCUCAUCUCUUCUCUUGUCAAGGAUUGACUUACUUGUAUUUCUUCUAUUUUAACUUGUCAAUUCCACCUAGUUUUUGUGGAUUUAAGACUUUGCUUCAGCUUCACUUACUUUUUAUUACAUUUGAGUCGGGUGCACUUGAGAGUCUUCUACCCGGCUGCCCAUUACUUGAAAAGCUCGCCAUUGAGCAAUGUUCUGGCUAUGAAUGUAUUGAUAUUUCUUCUUCUACUCUAACUCAUCUCACUGUCUCAAUUGAAGAGAACUGCAUAUUUCGUUUGAAUAGAAGUUUGCCAAUACUCCAAAGGCUUGAUGUGGAAUUAGUUUGCGAGCAGAUGUUGUAUGCACAUGCAAAUAUCUUUCCUUUAUCACAACUGAUAAACUUAAAGUAUCUCAGUUUAGACUAUGUGAUUUUGGAUGAAAGAAAAGAACUUCUGUAUAUUAUUAGUAUACUCAAAAGUGCUUCUAACCUCGUGGAAAUUGUUAUACAGACUUAUUAUGGCAUUGGUUAUGAGAAUCAAGCGCCUGACCCUUCGGAAAAGUUAGAGUGCAGUUGUUGUUGCCUUAGUAAACUUGGGGAGGUUAAAAUCGUAGUUAGAAGUAGAAGUCAACAUGCAUUGAGUUUGGCACGGUUCAUUCUUGCAAAUUCCUCGUCGUUGAAGACUCUUACUUUUGAACUUCCUUAUGAAAUGCAAUCGGAUGCGAGGAUAAUGUUAAACAUUUCGCAAGACUUGUUAUUGAUGGAACGAGCAUCCCAAAAGGCACAAGUUAAACUCACUCAUUCAUAGAUAGAUAGAUAGAUAUUCAAUUUUGAAAUAUAUUUUAUUUUAAUUUUUAAUUCUUGUCUUUCCUUUAUUAUGUACCUUCAAUUCAACAUUAAUUUAUUUCAAGACGUGAUUUAUAUAUUGGGUUUUGCUUUAGCCUAAUUGAGCAUUAAACUUAUGGAAUGGUUUAAAAGUGGCAUAACUUAUUGCAUCUCAACAUCACCAUUAGGUUUUGUUUGAUUAUUUUGUAUAAAUAUGGCGAGUAUAUUUAAUCGUUUUUCCUUUCUUGAUUAAAAGAUGAAAUCUAUGCUCUACGAAACAUCGUUCCAAGGCAUGUUUUAUAGUUCCAAACAAAAUAUUUGUUGUAUUCAUGAAGAAUCUUAGUAAUUUCUUACUUUAAAUCUUAACAGUGCUAUAUGGAACGGAAUUUUAUUUGAAUAAAAGACACGAAAGCACUUUUGCCUUGCAUGAGUAAUUAGUC